AUGAGAGAAGAACAUGAACGUCAAGAUCGAGAACUUCAAGAGAGAGAACGUGACCAAAGGCAAGAAAGACAGCGGGUCUUCAUGAAGACUCAGGAAGUUACACCUGCUGCUGCUGUCAAUCAGCAUUUCAUUGAGUCUCUAAAACGAGCCAGUCAGCGGAGUACUACAGUGUGGCCUUCUCCUUCAAUAACAUUAGGCACAGGAAAAGGCCUUGUUGGGAAAAAUGAGUUGAUGCCACAAUCAACUAAAUCGAAUGUCUUUUCCCACAAUGUCUCUCGUCAAGAUCCUCUUCGGCCUGAAAGCAAAAUUGAGGAUAAAGUGGAGAAAUAUAAAUAUGAUAAAGACGACAAACACGAUGGCCCUCUGCUUAAUACUCAGCGUUCAGUCUACCUCGAUAAACACCCUGAUUUGUCUCUUCAUCAAAAACAUUCAAAAGAUGAUAGACUUCUACAGCAUCAAUCACAUGCAAGCCAAAUGCUCUAUGAGGGACAUAUUAAAAUGAUAGAACGUGGUGAAACUCUAAAGUCAGAGUCUGUAUUGAAGGAAGAAAAACUCUCAACUUCACAAGUUUAUUCUCAUAAUGACAGUUUGGCUUCUCAUCAACGAGCUAGUUUGGUACAACAGGUGAAACAGGAGCCUAACUUCAGUCUCUAUGGUUACCAACCAUACCAACACUCUUACAUCAGUAGUGACCAGUUGACUUUACGAGGACUUACAGACAAAAAUAGUUCUAGAAAUGAUCGAUCUCAUGAAUCAAGUUUGUUACAUCGAGAGUCAUCCCCAUCUCUGAAACGAAAAGACUUGUCAAUUCCACCACCUCUCAUCAAAGAUGGUAAACCACACAACAGCGUUAUUGUUGAAAAUAAAUGUAGAGAUGGUGCAAAAUCAGCAAGUCCCCACAGCUCUCUAUACGGUAGUCCUGCUGCACCCUCUUCUAAAUCAAUGUCUCCCACAACACCACUCACAUAUUCUGACAGGCUUCCUGAACGUUCACUAACAUUCUCGACAUCGACACCAUCUGUGUCAUAUGGUUCUCCUCAUACAAGUUCACCAUCACCACGUCAUGUGCCAUCUGCACAUACUCUCUCUGCUUUCAUUAUUGCUGACAAAUCUCGUUCUCAAAGCCCUCUUCAGGUAGCAAGUCCUCAGCAACUGUCAGCUGCUGUCAUGCAGCAACCAAUUGACUAUCGUAAAACACCCCCCAACAGUCAACGGGGACAUAGUAAUUCUACAGUGAACUCCCAUUACAGUAGUGGUAGUGUCCAUAUAUCUAGUUCUCCUUAUACUUGUAACAGUCAAGUAAUAAGUUCCAGUGCACAUUCAAUAACGGUCAGUUCACCUCACAUGUCUCAAGCCAGUCAACAACCAAUAUCUGGCUUGGUACAUUCAUACAUGGUUCCCUCACAUUCACUUGUUACUAGCAGUGCUGAGAGCCAUCCCCAUGGGGUUCCAGGUUCCCAUACAAAUGUGAUGCCCCCUAAAACUUUCUCUCCAUUGACUAAUCCACACACAAAUGCAUAUACAACAAAUACUCCCGUUAGUAUGAAACGAAAGCCUGUCAGGGACAGUAGUAUUAGAAAAAAAAUGAAACCUGAUCAGACAUCUAAAAUCAUAACUCCCACAUCUGUAAGUGUUCCUGUUACAACUCCUCAAAUCCUGUCCAAUCCCUCCCCUUACACAACUUCCAGCAGUAGUGGGACUACGUUUCAACCUACUGUAUCCAUUCCAGCCACACUUUCUGCUACAACAACAGGUUCCAGUAUAAUGCUGACUACAUCAAGAGCAUCCGGUUAUAUGGACAGUUUCCGGUCUUUUGUUGAGAAUACUGUUCAAAAUGCUUUCUUUCAAGACACUACAGAUGUGAUUCCUUCUACACAGAAACUUCAGUCAAAAAUAACAGAAACUGAACGGCAGGUGCCAUCAGCUACAGUGACUCUUCCAGCAGUUGCUCAUUCACAACGAAAUAAAGACUGUAUGUCCAUAGUCCCUCCACUGCCACCUCCUCCACCCCCUCAUUCUUUGAAUACCACUACUCCAGUGACCAAUACCACUUCAUCAACAAUGGCAACUUCUCACAGUUGUAGCAGCAACAACACUCCUACCACAAGUAUCUCCGUUAUAGCACCUCAUCCAGGAGCUAUAACUGGCAUGGUUAAUUACUCUGAGAUUAGUAGUAGAGGCCUGAACGGCCAGAUUGACACUGAUAGUGACACUCUAAGUGCUCCCAGUCCACCCCCUCCAGCCAAGCAAGAGACUUGUGCAUCUCCAGGAAGGUCAAGCAACCAUCCAAAGCUUAAAAAGGCUUGGCUACAGCGUCACUCUGAUGAGGAUAAGAUCAAAGAGCUAAAACCUGUGAAAGAGGAGGACCCAAAUAGUGUGGCUGAUAAGGGAGAUGUUGUGAAAACAUGCUAUGUGAACUGUUCUUACAUCUCCCCAAGCAAAGAAGGGGGCAGCAAAUCUCCAAUAACCUCCAUCAGAAUGGCUAAUGGCAACAUGAAAGAUUUGACAAAAGAUAGUGAUGAGUCAACAAGUUCUGCAUCUGAAACUGAUGUACAGCAUGAUGAUGUGAACCCUGCUUCCAAACGCCAUCGCCAAGAAACUCAUAUGGAGGAAAUUGAAGCCAAAAAAAUAAAAAAUGAAAUAAAAUCUGAACCAAACAGCAUCUGUGAUGAAGAACCUAAAUAUAUAAGUAAAAAGAAAAAUGCUUCAGGAAAAGCAAAGACAGCAUGUCAGAGAUCAAAAAUUUCAGAAUGUCAUGUAAAACAAGAAGAUUCAGACAAUUGUCCAGAUUCUGAUUCCAAAGAUGAAGCUAUGGACAUGGAUAACAUUUCUCAGGAUUCUGAUGUUGGACAUAAAGCUGAUAUUUCUACCUUUAAGGAAGACAAAAUAAGUGUUAAUGCUUACCGUCACCCACCACCAAAAGCUAGUGUUGCAACUCUGAGACGCACUGGAGAGCCCUUUUUACAAGAUGGAGCUUGCCGGGAUGUCACACCAAAAUUGAUGAAGUGUCGUGAAUGUCGUUUAACACCUAAUCAACGGAGUAAAAAGCUACCAAAUAUUUUCUGCAGAUUUUAUGAAUUCAGGAAGUUACGCUACAGCCAGAAAGGCUUCUUGAUGAUUGCAGGAUUUGCUGAGUUGUCUGAUGCUUAUAAAGGUGAUGUUAAACCAUGGGAACCAGAAUUACCUGUUAAUGAUCCUCAGAUUGAUGAAAAGAUGUCAAAAUACAUACUCAGUAAAGUUGGAGACAAGUUCUGCGAGUUGGUUGAACAAGAACGAGAGGCUAGGUCUUGGGCUGGCAAAGAUACUAAAAUUGCUUGGAAACGUGCUGUGACUGGCGUUAGAGAAAUGUGUGAUGUGUGUGACACAACCCUAUUUAAUAUCCACUGGGUAUGUCACAAAUGUGGCUUUGUGGCCUGUCUUGACUGUUAUAAGACUCGCAUGAAUCGAUCCAACUCUGACAAUGAGGAAAAUGAUGAGAUAGCUUCAUCUCCUGAGGAGCAUGAAUGGUUAACAUGUAGUGCAAACAGACAGCCUCAUGAACCAGAGAAGUUGAUGCUGACACAAAUCAUCCCUUCCAAUGCUCUUUGGGAUUUAGGUAGACGUAUCCAUGACUUGAGAAAAAGAUUCAAUAUUCCUUCAAACUGCUCUUGUGAUAGAGAUGUUGUCCAGAAGAAUGGUGUGAACCAGGAAUUGAUUCAAAAUGCUGUAAAUCAUGUGUCUUCAGAUAAGAACCUAAAACUUGUGAAUGGUUUGGAAGAAGAGAGUAAGAAUAAGAAAGGAAGUCAUGGGACUCAACCAGAAAAUCUUUCCAACUAUAAUCCUGAUGCAAAUUCUCCCCUUUGUCUCCUUGCUGACGUAGCUAUGAAUUCUGAAAACAGUCGUGAUCGUACAGAUCCACUGCUGAAUAAAAAAGAGGAAUCAAACAAUGCGGGUAACCAAGAAGCCCUUCCUGCUGGUUCAACAGAAGGUGGGGAAAAGAAACCUCCAGGAUGCUCAACUCUGCGAGAGCUGUUAACCAAAACAGCUGGCAAAGUAAAGCCUGGUGCUGAUAACAAAAAAACAUCUAAACCAAAGACAGUACGUGAUACUCUGGCAGAUAUCAUCCAGUCAGUUGUGGGCAAAGCUUUUCCUAAAGAAAAUGAAACUGUGCCAAUGAUGAAGCUCAUGCAUUACAUCCCACGGAUGGGACCUCGCAUUAUUGCUCGAGAGAUUCCAAUUUCUAAGCACACUCUGACAGAAACAAGUGUGUUGUACCCUGAUGUCCCACAUUCAUGGCUUUGUGAUGGGCGUCUUCUCAGGUUGCAUGAGCCAAAACACAAGAACAAUAUCCUUAUUUUUCAGGAACAAUGGAAACAGGGAUCACCAGUCAUUGUAUCUGGUGUACAGAAGUACUUAAAAAAGAAAAUUUGGCAACCAGAUAGUUUUGGUGAAGAGUUUGGUCAUUUGGAAAAUGACUUGGUUAAUUGCCGGACUGGAGAUGUUUGGAUUGGACAUCCUAUGAAAAUCUUCUGGGAAGGAUUUGAGAGCAUAAAGAAACGUCUGAAAGAUAAAAAUAACGACCCUAUGUUGCUGAAAUUGAAAGAUUGGCCUCCAGGAGAUGACUUUAGUGACCUCCUUCCACAGAGGUUUACAGAUUUAAUGCAAGCACUCCCUUUGCCAGAAUAUACACACAGGGUAGGGAUUCUAAAUUUAGCUUCACGCCUUCCAGAUUUCUUGGUCAGACCUGAUUUGGGACCAAAAAUGUACAAUGCUUAUGGUUCAGCAAGUUUUCCGUCUGAAGGAACAACAAAUUUGCAUUUGGAUGUGUCCGAUGCUGUGAAUGUUAUGGUCCAUGUGGGCAUCCCUGAUGAUGGCCCUAAUGGUCGUCAAGACCAUAUUGAGGCGGCAUUGAAAGCCAUAGAUGAUGCAGAUUGUGAUAUAAUUACUAAACGACGGGUUCGGGAAGUGAAUGAAAUUCCUGGAGCAUUAUGGCAUAUCUAUUGUGCUGAGGAAGCUGACAAAAUUAGAGACUUGCUCAAUAAGGUGGGUAAAGAAAAUGGACAGAAGAUUGAACCUGAUCAUGACCCUAUUCAUGAUCAAAGCUGGUACUUAGAUGCCAAAUUAAGGGAUCGUCUAAACAAAGAAUAUGGGGUAUUGGGCUACACAAUAGUUCAAUGCCUAGGAGAUGCUGUAUUCAUUCCAGCUGGUGCACCUCAUCAGGUGCGCAACUUACACAGCUGUGUGAAGGUUGCUGAAGAUUUUGUAUCUCCUGAACAUUUGGAUCACUGCUUCCGAAUGACACAAGAAUUUCGCCAUCUUUCUGAUACACAUAGUAACCAUGAAGAUAAACUUCAAGUAAGUUUUUUGUGUAAUUAUCUUCAUCCUUGA